CCGAUACAAUAGAAAACGAUUUUUAGUAAAUUUAGAAAUGCCAGAGGUUUUAUUUUGGAAGCGACACGAGGAAGUCAGGUGUUCAACCCCGGUUAGCUUGACCCGAGUCUCAGGCGACACAGAGAGACACCGGCCAGUGCGGUAGGUUCGGGGGAGGUUGGUAACGAGAACAGCGGGGCAGGAGAGCUUCUUGUAGGGGCGGACGGAGUUUCACCCCUCGCCUCUUAGAAGCUUCAGGCCAAGGCAGGAGCGUCUGUGCGGACUGAGAAGGAGUUUUGUGUUUUUUCUUUUUUUUUUUAAACCGGGGUUAUUCUUCACUUCACAGUUACAGUACGUUGAGGGAUUCGCUUUUGCAAACCUCCGGUCCGGUGUUCCCCCCGCGGCUCUUGUUCCGAGGUUACACCGGGGGAGCAGUGCACGUCCGAGGACUAAAAGGCAGAGGAGCGUAGAGGGAGCAGUGCAUGUGAAUGGACUGAGGUUGUAAAGGCACCGGGGGAGCCGUGCGCGUCAAACCUGCUCUGCAGCAUCAAUAACACCUACAAUACACUGUGCAGCAGCAGCAGCAGCAUGCAGUGAGAGGAAUCCUUUCUGAUGCUUUCCCACAGCAGACAGUGAAGAAAGGGGUCGGAGCGGAGGAGGAGGAGGAGGAGGGAGUGCAUGGGAGAUCUGUUGGAUUUUCAUCACAGAGUCGUUAAAAACUUGUGUCUGGGAUGGGGAAGGAGCAGGAGCUGCUGGAAGCCGCCCGGACUGGGAAUGUCGCCGUGGUGGAGAAAUUGUUGAGUGGGAAAAAAGGAAUACUCGGGUCAGGCUCUGGAUCCAUCCCUCUGCCCAGCCUCCUGAGCAUGUGGAAGGGCCUGAAUGUGAACUGCACAGACAGCUCAGGAUACACACCUUUACACCAUGCUUCACUCAACGGACACAGGGAGGUGGUCCUGAAGCUGCUCCAGUUCGAGGCAUCCACGAAUGUGGCCGACAGCAAGGGCUGCUUCCCCCUGCACCUGGCUGCCUGGAGGGGGGACGUGGACAUCGUCCGUAUCCUCAUCCACCACGGGCCUUCGCACUGCCGCGUCAACCAACAGAACCACGAGAGGGAAACGGCUCUCCACUGCGCGGCCCAGUAUGGACACUCUGACGUGGUUUCGGUGUUGCUUCAGGAGCUGACCGACCCCGCCAUGAGAAACAGCCGACAGGAGACGCCUCUGGACCUGGCGGCGCUGUAUGGACGACUACAGGUGGUUCGCAUGCUGGUCAGCGCUCACCCCAACCUCAUGACCAGCCACACCCGCCUGCACACGCCCCUUCACCUGGCCGCCCGCAACGGACACCACAGCACCGUGCACACGCUGCUCGAGGCCGGCAUGGACGUCAACUGCGUGACUGAGAAUGGCAGUGCCCUCCACGAGGCAGCUCUCUUUGGGAAGAUGGAUGUAGUUCGCCUUCUGCUUGACUCAGGGAUCGACACCAAUCUGAGAGACAGCCAAGGGAGAACGGCUCUGGAGAUACUAAGAGAACAUCCUGCACCGAAGUCCCAGCAGAUCACUGCUCUCAUUCACGAGUACAUAAUGGACGAGAUGGAGAAGCAAAGCAUCGUGGAGGAGCCCGUCCGCCAGUGUCCAAUCCCUGCGCCUCGAACCUCCGUUCCCUCGCCCUCCGCCUCCCCCUCCCUCAGGCACAAGAAUGACGCCGUGACAAGCGAGCUGUCCAAACUGCUCCACGAGAUCAAAAAGUGCCGGGACAGGGACUACUCCUUCGAGGAGCUCUGCCACACCAUCUCCUCCCACUCCAUGGAAAGCUUCGGCAGCGGGCGGCUGUCUGACGAGGAGCGCCCCGACCGACCCAACGGCACCCUGACUCGAGUCAGCAAGAGGCCGACCCCACCUCUGCCUCCGGCCUUGGAGGAAGAGGAGGCAGAAAAGAGUUGCGGCCCCACUGGAUUCUGGGAGGCGCUGACCCCGUGCAACGGCUGCCGCAACCUGGGCUUUUCCAGCUUGUCACAGGAUUCGAAACGUUCCGCAGACAUCGUCACGUCUCCGUCACUGGACGUCUUCCUUCCAGAAGAUGAGGACAACCCGUACGAGUCCGUGACCACCGCCGUCACACGCAAACCCUGCUCCCUCGACAUCAACCACCGGCUCAACUCCUGCCCACGCAAUGGUCACCUGUCCCAUGCAACGGUGAGUGAGGGGGAGCACGGUAACCAUGGCGACUGCUCAACAGGCCCCACACCAGACUGCUCGCCCCCCUCCCCCGACACGGCCCUGAAGAACAUCGAGAGAGUCAUCCGCCCACAGCCCAAACAGCGCACCUCCCUGUCCUCCUCCCUGGAUGUCCAGAGGCCGGUCAACCACAGCUGUGAGCCCAGCGAGGUGAGCUCUUCCCUGGGCUACGCCAGCUUUAGCACCAGCCCCCCCGCCAGCCCGCCGCUCAGCCCCAACCAGGAGGACUCUGCAGGCUCCAACGACGACUGUCAGCUCACAGACGACGGACCGUAUCAACGAGACCCACCUCUUCCUCCACCUCCUCCUCCUCCUCCCGGCUCCUCGUCAAAAUCAAACGCCGCCUUAGAGGAGAACAGGAAGAGCCACAUCCCAGAGGAGUUUGCUGGCCUCCUUCAUGGCUCGUCCCCGGCCUGCGAGCCCCCCGAUACACCGUACCACCUUUACAGCCCCAAACCUCUUAAAUACACUUCCACGGACGUCCAGAGCAGCCUGCUGCAGACCCCGGAGUUCAACAUCGUGAUCGGCGGAGGAGCCACUCAGGUUUUCCCCCGGACAGGGAGCGAGUCUUCCUCUCAGAGGUCGGCGGUCAACCCCCAAAAGCCGCAGGUUGUGUACCGGACUAUCUUCCACACCAGAGUCAACCAGGACCAGGUUCGAGGCAGGAACUGUGAAAAGGUAGAUCCAAACCGUGGAUGGUCGACGCUGAGCCACCCUCCCUCUCGUUCCUCCGGUCAGAACGGAGAAGUCCCAGAGUUGAGGGGGAUCCAGACGGGAGGCGUGUCCAAGGACGGUUCAUCCGGGGCCGGCUACGAGGAGAGGGCCUGCACCCUGGGGAGGAUGAGGUCCAUGCCUCGCAGUGUGUUGGACCUGCAGCUGUCCAAGUCUCUGUCCAAGUCUGAUUCCAACCUGGUGGCUGUGUCUCCCAUACAGGAGGAGCACAGCUGGGGGUCUGGAUCACGGGGCCAGGGCCCUGGAAGUCCCAGCCCACGGGAGGGUUCCUGCCCUGAGGGGAGACUGGAGAGAACGCCCUCCUUCACCGCUGAGUGGGAAGAGAUUGACAAGAUUAUGAGCUCGAUUGGGGCAGGAAUAGGCAGCGGAUUGGACAUCAAGGACGAGACUUCAGGUCCCCGCUGCCCGCUGCAGUCCGUGGGUCAAUGGCUGGACUCUAUCGGCCUGGUCCAGUACGAGAACCACCUGCUGGCCAAUGGAUUUGACAACGUCCAGUUCAUGGGCAGUAAUGUGGUGGAGGACCAGGACCUGCUGGAAAUUGGGAUCCUCAACUCAGCCCACAGACAACGACUCCUGCAGGCCAUUCGGCUGCUGCCCAGGGUGCGGCCUAUCGGAUACGAUGGUAACAACCCCACAUCGGUGGCCGAGUGGCUGGAGUCUUUGGAGCUCGGCGACUACACCAAGUCGUUCCUCAUCAACGGGUACACCUCCAUGGAGCUGGUCAAGAAGAUCUGGGAGAUCGAGCUCAUCAAUGUUUUGAAGAUCAGUCUUAUCGGACACAGAAAACGGAUCUUGGCGUCGUUGGGGGACCGGCUACACGAAGACACCCCACAAAAGCCUCCGAGGGCCAUCUCCUUAAGGGAGCCCGGGGGAAACCACACCCCUCCCCAGCUCAGCCCCUCCGUAGGCCAGGCAGCGUACACGGCGGGAGUCCCGGGCGGAUCUCUGGACGUGCAGCACCUCAUCAUGCAGGCGGACGCCCGGCGCAGACAGCGCAGCAAUGACAACUACUUUGAGGACGUGCCGCGAUCCAAGCUGGAGCGACAGAUGGCUCAAGUCAGCAUGGCUGGAGAGUGGUGUGAGCCAAUCACGUUGCGUCCGCCCAACGAGGCCACCUCGUCCACUCCGGUUCAGUACUGGCAGCAUCACCCCGAGAAGCUCAUCUUUCAGUCCUGCGACUACGAAGCCUACUACCUGGGCUCCAUGCUGGUGAAGGAGCUGAGAGGGACCGAGUCCACACAAGAUGCCUGCGCCAAGAUGAGGAAGUCGACAGAACAGAUGAAGAAAGUGCCGACCAUCGUGCUCUCUGUGUCCUACAAAGGAGUGAAGUUCAUUGAUGCCACAAAUAAGAACAUCAUAGCAGAACAUGAGAUUCGUAACAUCUCCUGUGCGGCUCAGGAUCCAGAGGAUCUGUCUACAUUUGCCUACAUCACCAAAGACCUCAAGUCCAGUCACCACUACUGCCAUGUGUUCACCGCGUUUGAUGUGAACUUGGCCUAUGAGAUCAUCCUGACACUGGGCCAGGCCUUCGAGGUGGCCUACCAGCUGGCCCUCCAGGCCAGGAAGAGUGGCCACGGAUCAUCCACGCUGCCCGAGAGCUUUGACAGCAAGCCCGGCAAACCCGUCCCCAAGCCUCGGGUCAACAUCCGCAAAUCUAUGGAGCAGCCGUCCAUGGACCAGAAGGGCCACGCCAACGUGCCGUGGAUUGUGGAGCCAGGUCAGGAGGCCAAGAGAGGAGUCAACACCAAGGCAAUGCCGGACGCUCAUGUCUAUUACUGUGGAAUGCAAAGAAUGUAGCCAGCCCUAAACAUGGACCUUGUCACACAUACAAUGCAAAAAGGACUACAAAGGACCCUGUUGCUCACUUUUCAAAAGGACUACAAAUAUGGAUGCUACUCCAGUGUUUAAGGUUGACUACACAAUUUUAACAUUCAUCCACAUGAUGCUUGACACAGUAAACAAUGGACCAAUAGACAUUUCCUAAAACACACACACUAACAGGACUGCAUCUUGACAGACGACCGUCUGCUCUGAAUGUACUCUUAUUUGAAAGCAGCCUCAACUUUCUGCAACUACAUGUGUUUUAUGCGCCCAAGGCAGGCAUGACUUUUGGGAGGUCAGCAUCUCCAUGGAGACGUUAAGUGUGGUUUCAGGGCAUCUGUUGGCAACAGGCAGUGGGCUCACUGAAGGCACCAUUGGGCAUGUGUCUGUGUUGGCAUGGGUUCCAGGAUGUCUGGCUGGCUCUUUUGGUUCUUUUUAUUUUCCUUUAACGUCAGAAAAUAAUACAGCGAUAUAUGCACAAGCGUGUAAAUGUGAUUGGACUAGCUGCAACACGCUCAAGAUGCAACAGGUGUCUCUUAACGGAUGAUGAACCUAUGUGAACAAAAUAGCAUCUAGCGUUUUAAAAAAAAUAAAUAAAAGAAAAAAGAGUAUUCUAUUCGUAUUGCCCGACAUUUUAAUGUUUAAUAUGAGAGUAUUAUAUUACCAUGAUGAUUAUGAUUAUUCUUGUGCAAUUCUUGUCUACUGUUGUCUUAAUGUUACAUUAUUUUUCUAUGAUAUGCUGAGAUGAAAACCUCGGGCAAUCCUUUAAAAAAAGAAGAAAAAAACUAGAGUGAAUGUUGCAGGUGGCUCGCUAACUCUUAGGUCAGGUCAACCCUCCAUCAGUUCUCAUGGGGCUCUACUCUUAUCUAGCAGAUGUACUAUUUUAAACGCAGUAUUACUGUAUUAUUUGGAUGAGACAUUGUCCAAUUAUAAAAUGUACAUAGAUAUUUUGCCAAUUCAUUGUUCAUACAUGUAAUGUAAAAGAGAAAAGAAUAAAGGAUUUGCAGGAAAUGGCACUGGAAACAAGGUACCAAGAUAAAGGUUGGAAAUUUAAAAAGAAGUGGUAGGUUGUAGAGAUUGUAUUUUAAGUGAAAAUUAACAUGGAUUAUUUGGUGACAUCACUGCUGACCAACUAAUGUACAUAGGCUUGGGCUUCCAGCACACUGAUUUUUGUAAUUUUGGCCAUUAUUUAUAUCCUUGUAAAGCACAUGAAAUAAAAUAUGACUUGUACAACCAUA